AUGGCUUCAUCCGGGAGUGGAAUGGAGGAAGUGCGCGUGUCGGCGUUGACCCCCCUGAAGUUGGUGGGCUUGGUGUGCGUCUUCCUCGCGCUCUGUCUGGAUGUCGGGGCUGUGUUGAGCCCCGCGUGGGUAACAGCGGAUAACCAGUACUACCUGUCUCUGUGGGAGUCCUGCUGGAAGCCCGUCACCUCGGACACAUGGCAGUGCAACACCACACUCGAGACUGGACUGAGCACGAUUGCCACGCUGGUCCUGUUUGGCCUGAGAAGAGUGGUUGCAGCCCUCAUCCUGUUCUCCUUCCUGGUGGCCCUGGUGUCAGUGUGGGUCGGCUCCAGGAGCCACUGCUACAGGCCCGUCGCUGUCAUGCUGUUCGCUGCAGUGGUGCUCCAGGUCUGCAGUUUGAUCCUCUACCCUGUUAAGUUCAUUGAGACGGUCAGCCUGAGGAUAUACCACGAGUUCAACUGGGGCUAUGGCCUCGCCUGUGGGGCCACCAUCUUCUCUUUUGGAGGGGCCAUUCUCUACUGCCUCAACCCCAAGAACUAUGACGACUACUACUAAACCCUGCAAGAUUAGAGAGGAGGAGAGGCCUCUACACAACUUCAUGUUCCCCCACACUCGCUGUGAUAGCAGCUGAAACACUGAACCUUAUAGAACUGGUAGAGAAAACACAUGUUCACACACAUCGAUUGGAGAAUCAACAACAGUAGUGUCUGUCUAUACAUUCAAACCUUUACAAUACUGUACUAUACCAGACUUAGAGGGACACGGUAUAGCACAGUAUGAGCUUGUGGUCUCCACAGGCAUCUCCGCCUGUGUUGUGACCGACAUCUGCCAUAGGCUAAGUGGUGAGGCUAAAGAGCCAAUCAGACAGUUCAAUGGAAUACUAAUUACCAAUCAGAUUCAUCAGUGAAAUCAUGUCCACAUUCUGAGCCAACAGUAGGUCCCCUUUAAUAUAGGAACUCCAGUAGGAAUUGGCAGCACAAUGCUUUGUCAUGAAUAAACCACAGAGAACAGAUGGAUUAGCUGAUCUCAUACAGAGACGAGAGGGAGGAGAAGGGACAGCUGAGAGUGACGGACACACAGACCUAUCAGAGAGCAGAGGGAUGGGCCAGAUGGACAGAUUGAUCUUGAGGAGGAAAGGAAGGUGACUCACCUAAAAGGAAUCAAGGAUGUAUGACAUUGCCCCCACUCAUAUAUGUGAUUACCUUUGCUUGUGCCUUAAUCUAAAAGAAGAUUGGAUUGGUUAAGGCAGGCAGCAUAGAGUAAUUUCCUUUUACCUAUACUGCUCCUCUAGAUCAGUGCAGAUGAAGGGAAGGCAAAAUGUGUAGAAUUGCAGAAAACUCUUGUUUCUCUCCACCCAUGGAAAAUUAGUAGAAUUGCAUGACAUUUGUUAUAAAUUUGCUAAAUCUUCUCUCCGCCCCAUGGCAAAAUGUGUAGAAU